UCCCCCGCUGCGGGCCGGCCCGCGGAGCCGUCGUCUCACCGUGUGAGCGCUGCGGUCAAGUGAGUGGAAUUCCUAUCACUGUUAAGGUACAGACUGCAUUUAUCAGAAAUCCGUUUGAUGGCUUCAUCGUGCUUCUUCCAAAGCUGAUAUACAACAUUGCAGUGCAGAGAGUGGAUUUGUUUACUGCAGACCGGGAACUGUAGCAAAAUGGAGAGAUCCAGAUGCAGUUCAAAACCUCUGAAGAUGUAUGAAAUCCGAAAGCCACCUAGGCAUCAAAUGCAUGCAACUGGGCAAUGUAUUCCUCACCAGUCUGCCAGGCAUCACUUUCAGGACAGAGGUCAACCUGGGUAUACCUGGCAGCAAAGAAGAUAUCUAGCAAGGAAAUUCUUCUAUCUGUGGGCAAAAAAGACAUUUGGACAAGUUCUCCCUUCCAAAGCCAGAUGCUUUUAUGACCAAAAGAUUCUUCAAAAAACUUUUGGAGAGUGGAAGGAGUGGUGGACCAUUUGCAGAGAAAGGAAGCUCAGCCUCAGAGCAGACAACUAUUACAGACAGUUACUCUAUAAUUUGAUAUUCAAGGCUUGGAGAGCCUAUGUAUGCCAGCAGCAAGGAAAGAGGAACAAAUACUAUGUUGCAGAGUUUCAUGCAAAGAAGCAAAUAUUGCUCAGGACAUGGCAGCACUGGCUGGUUUAUGUUGAUGUUAAAAGGACAAAACAUGGGAUGCAGUCUGUGGCACUGGCAUUUAGGGAAAGAAGUAACUUGCGCAUAUGGUGGUCAGUGUGGAAAAGGCGACACUACGAGAACUCCACUGGACAUAAAAUGAAUAUUUUGGCUUUGCACCACUGGGCCCAGAGCCUCCAAUUUCGAGCAUGGUUUCAGUGGCGAGAGCUGUAUUUGUACAGCCAGAGUGACAAGCAGAAGGAGACUAAGGCAGUAACUCACCAUCAGCGCUGGGAAUUGAAGAGAUGCAUGGAAGUGUGGCGGGGAUACUUAAACCUCCACAGAGCAAAGCAACUUCAGAACGAGCUGGCCCAAGAGCAUCACCGGAGCAGGAUAGUCCGGCAGUGUUUCUCAAACUGGUGGCAGUCGUGGGAGUGCAGGAGGAGAAUGCGUGCUCACCAAAAAGACAUUGAAAAACUCGCAGCAAGGAUUGCCUUAUGGAGAGUCUUUGCUCACUGGAAGCAUUAUGUUGUACUGUGUGUGGAAGAGACUCGACAGUGUGAACUGGCUGACAAACACUACAAGCGUCAUCUGUUGAAACUUGGGUUUAAGGGUCUGCAGCAGAAUGUCACAAACACUCGUCUUCAGCGAGUAAGAAAAAAUCUGUCAUAUCGUCAGCAUCAAGUUACAGUGCUGCAGAAAUUUUGGAACCGUUGGAAAUCCCAUUUGGAAGAGAAGGAAGAAGAACAGCAGCAGGCCUUAACAUCACUGGCUCAGGCCCAUUACAGGAGGGUGUUGAUGAGACAGAUAUUUGACACAUGGUUGCUGAACACGUGUAAGCAGCAAGAAUAUCGAAUGGGAGAGGAGAGGGCUGUACUUCAUUUUGAAAGACAGCUAUUGCGUUCUUUCUGGCGCUUCUGGCGUAGAAGAGCAGUUGCUCGCUUGGAGGAGCAGGAGGGCUUGGUUCGUGCAACAGAUCACUACAGUAACCUGCUGCUGUUAAAGGCUUUCUGUCUGUGGAAGCGAAAUACUUGGGAGAGAAAAACAGAGAGGCUCAAGGAGGUGCAAGCUUUAACAUUGCACCAUUCCAAGUGUCUGCAGCAGUCCUGGAACAAGUGGAAGGAGUAUGUGAGACACCAGCGUGAAAAAUGGAGGAAGUUGGUACAAGCAGACCUGCACUAUCAGCACACAUUGCUGGGCAAGACCUUGACAACCUGGAAGAGUUACCAACAUAACGUGCAGUGCAUUCUCUACCAAGUAGCUGAAAAGGAGAAGCAUCACACUAGACUACUGCUGCGACAACUUCUGUGUACGUGGAGAGAAAAUGCCCUUGCUGUUAUACGUGAGGCCAAGGCAACCGCUCGUGCAGAUGAGCACUACAGGAGAACCCUCUUGUCAAAGGUGUUGCUACAGUGGAAAUACACCGCCUUGCUACAAGUAUUUCACCGUCAGCAGAAGGCGACAGCUGUGAUGGAGGCCAGAAAACACUUGGAUAUAAUGCGUUUACAGACCCUGUUUCUCCACUGGAAGGAAUUAACUAGGGAGUCUCUGCUACUGAGGGCUCAGCAGCACAGGGCAGAGCAGCACCACCAGCAGCACCUGCUCCAGAAGUACCUGGUGAAAUGGAAGAAAUAUCAUCAGCAGUGCCUUGAGAAAAUGCUACUACAAAGACAGGGAGAUCAGCUCAUGACUCAUAGACUUUGCUUUUCCUCCUUCUCUUGCUGGAAGACACAGCUGUUACAACAGCAACAGGAAAAACGGAAGAUAGUGCAAGCAUUGUGGCACUGGUCGCUUUCACUGCAGAGAAAGGUGUUUGAUGUUUGGCUCAGAUUUGCCAAGGGACAAAAGGAGGAGAAAGAUCGCAUUGAAAAAGCCACAAGAGUUUACCACAGCACUCCAUUGAAAGAAGUUGCAAGCCAGGCCUUGAGAUACACCCCUGGGAUGAAACAGUUGCAGGGACAGCUCCAAGCCCAGCACCAGCUGAAGGCAGCCUACAGCCUUCAGCAGUCAGUGUAUCGUUGUGCCAUGCUAUGGAAACAGAAGGCUCUCUCCAAGAAAUUAAAUAAGUCUUGUUCUUUUCUGCUGCCUCUGAAGAAACAAGUGACAUUUCAAAUGCAUGAUGUUAGUCCUGACACAAGAAGACAUUUGGCAGAGGAAGAGCCAUGGCCUUCAAAAUGCAGUCAUCUACCGUUUCACCUUGCUGGUGGGGACUUGGUUCUUGGUGAUCUAUCAGAGGCUCCCUUUCAGCAAAUAUCUGUGAACAAAUGUUCUGCACAGACUGGGAACUUCAUGCCAACACCUCAAAUGGAAGGCAGUACCUGUAAAUGUCUGUCUCAAAUGGGCAAUACUGCCUAUUCCUGUCCACCUCUCACACAUGCUGCUCUCCUGUCUGUACCACUGUGGACAUGUGAUGUGCACCGUGCUGUUCAGAGACCAGAGCUAUGGUCAUCUUUCAAGCCCCAAAUGAAAGCUGGAGCAGAAAUGAGAGGAGGUCAGGCUGUCAGCGGUCACAAAGGAGCCUGUUCCCAGGACUCUCAACAGGAUCCCAUGGAGAAGUUGUGGCCAAACUUGCAGCCACAUUUGCCGUCACCUCAAGACUUGGUGGGAAAACAGAGUCACCAAACUGCAGGGCAAGAAAGGGAGUGCAGUUCCAGAGAAGAAAUGGUGUUACAGAGGAAGCUGGAAGUUGAACUCCAACACAUCCAACAACAGAUGCAGUACUACUUAAGCAGGAAGCAAGAACUAAAGUCCUGUCAGCAGCAGGCACAGAUUCUACAGAAGUGGCUGGAAACAAGCCCACAGCCAGAGGACCAAGGUGGUGUACGGGGAGUUCAGGAAGAAUUGCAUCAGUUGCAGGUGAGGAUCAACACUCUCACCAAAGCAAAACUAAAAGAGAGACAGCACGUGCAGAACCUGGUAGCUCGCCUGCAUGAGAUCCAGAUUGCUCUGGAUAUGUAAUGCCUCUGAACUAAUUUUCCAGCUCUGAGGCUGACAGUAACCUUCACAUACCAUGGAUGAGGCUGAGCAGGAAGAAAUUAAAGCUUAAAGGUGCUUCGGCUGUGUCUGGAUGCCCUAAACCUCCAUGGAAAAGUGUGAAAAGAUUGAUUUGUCUUCUCUGUCAUCCACUGGAGCAAUGCUGCUUGCUACUGUUACUAUGGCAUUAGUCAAAAGACUAUUCUUAGCUUUAGCCUUUUGGGCUUGAUAUUUGCCUUUAGGCUCUUCAGACUCUCUAUAUAAAAACAUGCACGUUUCUAUAACGUGUGGUAAUACACUACUGCACCCUGUACCAGUAAACUCGCUCAUGCUAAGAAGUUUAACAAGCCAGGUGGCUGGGAGCCACUUCAAGCUUUCAAAACUCUUCCCUCUGUAAAGUGAGGAAAUGCUGACUCUCAGAGCCAAAUGAAUUUUCUCCUGCUUGUCACCCCACCAUCCACCAUCAUCUGGGUCAGGGCUGGGCUACAUCUCAUCAGAGGUGGUUUAUCAUCCCUUCUUUCCUGAGGACAAGCUAAGCAGCUAGGACUUGGCCAACUGGACUGUACAACAAAAUGAAAUUCUAUUUCCUGUGGUGCAGACAAAGAAGAGAAGUUGUUCUUUAGGAAAUCUGAGAUAGUAAAAGCCUACCCUCUCCUGCAACGAGCAGAGAAAAAACACCCACAGCUCAAGCAUGGAAUGAAUUCUUUCAGAGAGCAGGUUUCAUAAGCAUGUCCAUUCCAAGAAGCUCUGGACAGCACUGUCAGUUCUAAAUGUUCUGAGUGCCUGGACUUUGAUCAGUUUAUUCUCUAAAAAUGACACAUUGCUUUAAAACUCAAUUCCUCCUCUUCGCUGGGGCACCCGUUUCUGUCAGUGCUGUGUAGUGCCAGAUGCAACAGCUCCAAGGUGUUAGAUUUUAACACUUCUACACAGGAACUUACAAAGAGGCUCUAAAGUUUUGCUGUAGGAUGAAGCUUCAACAUACAGCUUUCAGCCCCCAGCACAUGCCUAGUGGGAGGACACAAGUCAGAGCUAGUGUCCAUUAUAGGAGGGCCAGGUUGGCACCUGGGAGGCAAGAUGGGAUUGCUUCAAUAAUCUGUAAUACUUUCCUACACAGUCAGUGCAAAGGGUAUUUCACUGUGCAAUAAAAACUGAUCUUGAAGCUCUUCUGUUAACAGAGGAAUUAAAUCUUCAAGAAUUUAAUGAAAAAGGAACAAUGCAGAUCCAUAGCAAAGAAGUAAACCCUUAUUGUUUCUUUUGUCUUAUUACAUCACAUGAGAAAAACAUCCCAUGUCUUUCAAGAGGUGAAAUAACUCUCUUAUACAAACAACAUCUUUAAGGCCUGGAACAGCAAAAUAAAAUCAUUGAUUAGGAACAGGACACAGAGGGUUUGUUUUGUUGAUUUUUUAAAAGAAAAUCCCAAGACAUGGAAUGUAGACACAGUGUUUUCAGGCUUAAAAUACAGUGCAAAGUCCAUUUUUCAAGGGACAAUGUCAGGGGAAAGAAUUAAAAGUAGUCUGACAGUAGAAAACCUUGAUGAGUGUAAUUUAUUGUGCUGAUGCUGGCUCCUGUACAUUUUGCUUAGUUGGGGCUGUGAAGCCAUCCUGGCCAAUUCAACUGUUUGGCACUCCAUGCAUUCACAGGCUGCCUUUAUGUAAGAACUUCAGCAGAGUAUCUUAGAAUAAAAUAAAUACAAGAACACAUUCUUUACUCGAAGUCUGAAAAACAGAUAGUGUAGAAAUAAGGGACAUGGUCUGACUGAGCCUGUCACUGUCCCUUUACAUAUAGCUUCUCUGCUUCCUCCCUGCCCCAUUGCCCCUUUCCAGCCUAGGAAGGCUUAAAAGGGACUUAGAGACUCUAAGAACAUAAUUAUUUCAUUAUUUAAUUACCCUGUGGCACUUCAGGAGAGAGCAUGAGAGACUACAGGCACAGGGUGGGACAACAACCUUCAUCGUCAACAUCUUUAAAGGCAGCUGUACCUGAUACAUACAUGGUCAUUGAAUUCUCUUUCUGCAGUCAGCACCAUGUAGACCAAUUACUCUCAAGUUUAACGUAGCAAUGACAUCUUCUGUUUUCCUCACCCAGGUCCUGCUGAGUGACACAUAAUUGUUAAGGGAAACACUCAGUGGUGUGAUGACAGUCCCUUUGUGUAGAACACCACCUUGCUGAGACACUUUCUAUAGGGAGCCCAGUGCUUCUCCAAAGUGGAUUUUCUGUCCAGGUUUGAGGUGGAAUUUGAAGUCCUUGGGUGCCUCAAAGAUCAGUACAAUUGUAGAGCCUAAGUUAAAUUCCCCUAAAUGUUCCCCUUUCCUCAUGGGGAUUCCCUCCUUGUUGUUGUUGGAUAUGAAGCUGAAGUCAUUGUAGGAACCUUUAGAGUAACUUGGACUGUUGGUGUGCAAGUCCUGUACAGAGAAGGAAGAAACUGUUAGUUGAAGAUUUCAGUACUCUCUGUUCAUUGGCACAGCUGUAGACUGUUCCAGGCAUUUCAAUGCAGGAACUUACAAUUCAAAAGUGCAACAGGAAUAUUUUUUUUAAAAUAGUUUAUACUGGAGAUGACUCCCUUGAAAUCAGAGUCUUACAUCAUCAGUGGUGGGAAACACCUUCAUUUCAGGGUAAAGAGAUUUAAAUUUUUCCGUAUUUUUCUUGAAUGAUACUGUACCAACCUCAACCAUCAAAACCAGAAAGCUGCCUACUAUGGUCUUGCUCACCUGGUCAAAGUAGAUGCGGAUCGAGCCCACGUUUGUUGCUCCUACAGCUGUUAAGGAGAAGAAGCCAUGUUUCCAGUCACCUGUCAGGACAACUCGUUCAUUGUGGCAGAAGAGUUCCUUGAUCCAGCGGGCAACUCCAGGGUUCACAGACAUCAGAGAGCCUGCAGCAGUGAGAAAAUAUUCAGGUUCAGUUGUCUGGACUGUAGCAGAAUUGUAAUGCCACCCAAAUGGUAUUUUCAGUGUAACUGCAGCUGAUCCAUUAAAAAGCUCUGCCACUUCUUUGAAGAGAAGCACAUGCUAGACACUGGAUGAAAGACAAGGGUGUAGUAAAAACAAAGGGGUCAUAGAAAGAUGAAGUCUUCAUCUUUAGUCUGGAAAGAUCACUGCUCUUGGGCAGGGCUCCUAUUGGCAUUUUCCCCUAACAUAAUCACAGGCAAAAACCAAAGGCUUCAUUGUAAGGCCUGAAUGCAGUCUGGAGCAC